GAAGGCAUGGCCACCUUUCAGAAAUCCCAUCCCAUUCCAUUUGGAUUAGUAACUGCAACACUGAAACAACACCUGUACAUACUUGUAAUUGUAACAAUCUUCCAGAGGAGCCAAUAAAUAUACAGAAAGGAACCCUUCUGUCUUUUAUUUCAAUCUCUCUUCUUUUCACUCCAUUUCUACACUAAAAUCUUGAUUUGGUCAAGAAAGAAGAUGGAGGAGCAAGUGUCGAUGACAAUAAAAGAUUAUGACGAAGAAGAUAUUUUGGACGACGCUGCUAGUUCCAAAACCGAAGAUUCGUCUGAUCAUCACGAUAUAUUCACGCAUUUCGCUCGAAAUGGAAUGAUCAAGAUUGGAAAAGAAACAGAGGAAUACGUAUCAAUGAAGACUCAAUUCCUUAUGGGCAUGAAACAAUAUGCUAACGACACUGAGGUUAUUGCCUUAAACAAGAACAUGGGAUUUACUCCGCUCAAGCUAGCUAGGUUUUUUGGGUUUAAAAGUUUUGAAAAGGUGAUUUUGCAAAAGAGAGGAGCCCUUGGAGAUGCAAAGGUUGACCAUGGUUGGUUUGGUGCUUCAAAGGAGGAAAUUAUUCAAAUAAUUUCUUAUGGUUUUAGUCGGUGUAAUGGUCAAUCACAUGGCCUUGGUGUUUAUUUGUCUCCUUUCGAGUUUCUCCUUGAUGCGGUGAAAUUUACAAUUGCUGAUGAAAAUGACAUGAGGUAUAUGCUGUUAUGUCAUUUGACAAUGGGGAAUAUGGAAGUGAUUCCGGCCGGUUCGAAGCAAGUAUAUCCGAGUUCAGUGGAAUUUGACACCGGUGUUGACAAUCUUGAAGCACCAAGAAGAUUGAUUGUGUGGAGUGCUUUCAUGAAUUCUCACAUCUGCCCUGCCUACAUCAUAACUUUUAAGGCCCGUUUUUUGGUUUUGUUUUGUCAAGAGAUCAAAUCAGUGAACUCCCUGGAAUUACUUUAAGUUUCCACGGAAGUGCCUUGACUUUCCCUGCUUUGUUUCCUAUACUGGUGAAGGUUAUUGGUCCAGCCAAGGCGGGUUUGAUUUACAAAAGUCUUGUAGACCGUAAAAAAUGUAAGAUUACCCAAGAGCAAAUGAUCCAGACUACGAGGCGGAUCAUUGGGAACGACUGGCGGCUGAUUGCAAUGAUUAAAUCCAGCAUAGACAAGGCUGCAGCGAGCGCAUCCAGCAGCAAGGAUGGCGGCAGAGUCAACAAAUGAUAGCAGAAGGGAAUGGCAUAGCUUAUUGAUGGCCCUCUUCUAGAACAUGUUACUAGAGUUGUUUGUGGUGUAAUAAGGCUUUUUCAUCACUUCAUUCUGAUGCCAGAAUCAUGAAGUAGGUAGCAUCUUUUUCUUCAAAAAAGGAAGCGAACAUCAAACCCUGUAUCAUCUUCCAAAAAAUCCAUUUAGUUCCAGAGUAAUGGAUGUCAAUAUCCAGACAGGCGGAAAAGAAGUAUCAAUGUUGCUAUAAAA